GUUACUGCGUUUGUGCUCAAAGUAAAGAAAUGCUUUAUGAAAAACUCUUAACGGGCAUGUUGAAUCACACCUCGAAGGAAAUAAUACGAGCACACGGCGAUCUGAACUGGCUCUGUGGAUGAUAAAGAUGCUUUAGCUCUAACUUACUUCUUAUUCGUUUGUUUGCGGAAUGCAAAGGCUGCGUUUAUUUCCCUUCUCUGUCUGGGAUUCUGGGAUAAUUUUUUCAUCUGGAAUUUAGUUCAGCCUGAUUUGCGAAACAGAUGUUUUUGUUUAUGUUUUUAAAUAUAUUUGCAGCAUGCAUGAUGCUUGAAUCUAUUUUAUAGUUAUUAUGAGAGACUGAACUGGAUGUGUUUGCCGGUGUCUCGGUUCUGCUGGACGGGAUUUGUGGAUUUAUCGGUUUAUUUUUUUUAUUUUUUGCGGAUGAAGAGAAGUUUUGUGGAAUAAUGAAACGGCAUAAAUUAAGGGAAGUUGGAGAGUAACAACCUGACAGUGGACUUCCAACAUAUAAGACUUGAUUCCCAGGGAGAAAUAAAAGAUUACUGUUGUCUUCUUUGUGAUACAAAAAUGUCCCUGAGAGCCAAAGCCCUCUACACUUUCCAAAGUGAGAACAAGGAAGAGAUCAACAUCCAGGAGAAUGAGGAGCUGGUGAUUUUCGACGAGAACUCUGUGGACGGCUGGCUGCAGGGUGAGAACAGCCGAGGAGAACGAGGCCUGUUCCCCGCCUCGUACGUUCACAUCAUCCGGAACCGAUCCGGGUCCAACCUGACGGAUCAUUCCCUCAGCUCACCUGAAAGCUCUCCUGGUAGAGAUGUAUCGUACAUCCAUGCGCCUUCCAUGACCCUGCCGAGUGAUGACGAUGACGACUGGGACGACUGGGAUGAAACCUCGACGGUGGUUGAGGAUGAAGAUCCUCGGAGAGGUGUUGGCGCCAAUGGACAUUCCCAAAAUCCAUAUUCCAACCCCAACGUUCACUACCGGCCCAAGCCGUAUAUGGAGCGCCAGGACAGCAUGUCCAGCAAUAGAAAGGGGAGCAUGGUGGGCAGGAACUUGAACCGAUUCUCCAGCUUCGUGCGGUCAGGUGUGGAAGCCUUCAUACUUGGCGACGUUCCCAUGAUGGCAAAGAUCGCAGAGUCUUACUCUAUUGAAAUGGGCCCCCGGGGGCCUCAGUGGAAGGAGAACCCUCAGCCCUUUACUUGUUCCGUUGAAGACCCCACCAAACAGACGAAGUUUAAAGGCAUUAAGACGUACAUUUCGUACCGCGUCACCCCCAGUCACAAUGGCAGGCCGGUGUACCGCCGCUACAAGCAGUUUGACUGGCUCUACAACAGACUACUGCACAAAUUCACAGUGAUUUCCAUUCCUCACCUUCCCGAGAAGCAGGCCACGGGACGAUUCGAGGAAGACUUUAUUGAGAAAAGGAAGAGGAGGCUUAUUUUGUGGAUGGACCACAUGACCAGCCACCCCGUGUUGUCUCAGUAUGAGGGUUUCGAACACUUCCUCAUGUGUGCAGAUGACAAACAGUGGAAGCUCGGGAAGAGGCGAGCGGAAAAGGACGAGAUGGUCGGAGCGCACUUCAUGCUCACCUUCCAGAUUCCCAACGAGCACCAGGACCUUCAGGAUGUGGAGGAGCGCAUUGACUCCUUUAAGGUGUUCGCCAAAAAGAUGGAUGACAGUGUGAUGCAGCUGACCCACGUCACAUCAGAGCUGGUCCGCAAACACCUCGGAGGCUUCCGGAAGGAAUUCCAGAGGCUGGGAAAUGCCUUCCAGUCCAUCAGCCAGUCGUUCCUGCUGGACCCUCCAUACAACUCGGACUCCCUGAGUAAUGCCAUCUCGCACACAGGCCGCACCUACGAGAACAUCGGGGAGAUGUUCGCCGAGCAGCCUAAAUACGACCUGUUUCACAUGCUGGAUAAACUGUCACUGUACCAGGGCCUGCUGUCCAACUUUCCAGACAUCAUCCACCUGCAAAAAGGUGCUUUUGCUAAGGUGAAGGAGUCUCAGCGUAUGAGCGAUGAGGGGAAGAUGGACCAAGAGGAAGCGCAUGGCAUUCGUAAACGCUGCAGGACUGUGGGUUUCGCCCUGCAGGCCGAGAUGAACCACUUCCACCAGCGCAGGGAGGUGGACUUUAAAGAGAUGAUGCAGGCAUAUCUCCGCCAACAGAUCGCCUUCUACCAGCGUGUAGGUCAGCAGUUAGAGAGAACCCUUCGCAUGUACGAUAACCUCUAGAGCCAUUUGCCUCUGGACUGAAAUGGAGAUACAACACAUCUGUGGACAGAUACACAAGGGUUUUUUUUACUCCCAUAGUUGGAAUUUUCUAAUUCCAGACAGGAUUUUUUUGCAAGAGGAACAGGACAUUCUCGCUUCUGCACUUAAAAAUGUCACUUUUAACCCCAGAAACCAACAAUGCAGUUGCCUUUGAUAGACUAUUCAUGCAUAUCUUCAUAUUUUGAAUUUUAUUUAAAUAUCUGAUCGAUCAAAGUUACACUUUUUUUCCAUAUUUUUUUUAUUCGAUACUUACAGAGUCAGUGUGCGAAUGACGUUACCUGUGCUUUAGCAGGUGCAGAUGCUAACCAGACUCUGUCUGCUCAUGUGACGCAAGAUGUUUACAUAAUAGUUUGCCAAAAAACACAAUUAUUAAUUGUGAUACUGCCUUAUUAAGGCACAUGCAAAAAAAGUUUCAAAUGCUGAAUGUUGCAUUUUCUAUUUAUGGCUUGUUGAGUUGCUCCACCCACACUGAAAUCUCAUUGGUCCAAAAGCACAAAAAAAAAAAAAAAU